GAAAAGAUCUCGUUACAAAAACGGGGCGUCACGGUUGGUCACCCGUUCGCGUACAAAAACGCAUUCCAGACUUUUCUCUCUCUUCCUUCCUCCUCCUUCCCUCCCUCUCUCUCUCUCUCCCUCUCUUCUGUGACAAAGAGUUGAUUUUCCGCAUUGUUGAACAACAACGAGCAAAUUUAGGAAGGAGAAGAAGGGAGGAAGAGAAGGCCCGUAAGUUUUUUUCCGGAGAUUGCUCGCACGUCAGCACCUUCAGGGGGGAGGCCGCCACGGGCCUCGCAUUCUCUCGCCAGGAAGUCGGGGACCGUCCAUUAUUAAAGCCCUGUUUGAAUUUCUGGGUGCACGCGAGACGAGAGAAAAACCAGAGCACGGCAACGUAAACCCGCGAAACGACGAGGGCCAAAAAAAUGGAUGCUCUGUGCCUGAAGACAGGGAUCCACGCGAUCCCUCCUUCGAUCUCGGUCGCCGGGUCGCUCGACGCCCGGCCGAGCCCGGCACAGGUGAGCACCUUGGGGCGGUCCCCCCUCGACAAAUCAUCGUCGGCGGCGGCUUCUUCUUCGUCUUCGUCUUCGUCUUCGAGGUUCUCUUUCGGGUACCCUCUGAAGUCCCUGUGGUUCGGGGGCGGCGGCGGGGGAGCCAAGAAGAAGCACAAUGGGAUCGCCCUCGACGACGCCGUUCUUGCCGACGGCGGGGAGCGAGCGGCCGAGGGGGCGGGCGGGGCCGGUCCCGAGGGGCAAAGUGGGAACUGGGUCUUGAAGAUACUGCAUGUCAGGUCCCUGUGGAAGGAGGAGGAGGAGGGAGAGCAGCAGGGGAAGGUGAUUGAGGACGAGGGAAUGGCCAAUGAUGGUGGCGGAGCCGAAGAAGAAGGAGAGAGGGGGUCUCGUGACGUGGUGGUUGAAGGGAAAGAAGAUGGUGUUGAUGUUGAAGACGAAGACGAAGAGGAGUGCGAUGCAUGUAGGAUUGGUGAUCAUGAUGAAAAAGAAAUAGACUUUGAUAGGGAUUCGUUUUCUAGGUUGCUGAGGAAGGUGCCUCUGCGUCAAGCCAAGCUCUGUGCUCAAAUGUCUUAUUUGGGGAACUUGGCUUAUGCCAUACCCAAAAUCAAGUUGGGAAACCUCCUAAAAAACCGCGGAUUGCGUUUAAUAACGUCAUCUAUAGAGAAGAGGGAAUCAGCAGCAAAAGUCGAGAAGGAUCAGACGCUAGAGGAGAUUCAAGAGGAAGCAGUGCCGUUGGUAGAUGAUGUUCAAGGUCAGGAGCAGAAGAUCAGUGGGAACCAACUAAGUGCAUCCGCUGCUUACCAAAUCGCUGCUUCUGCAGCUUCUUAUCUGCACUCUCAUGCUAAGAGCAUUAUUCCAUUUAAUUCCUCGAAAUCAGCAGAAGUAUCUGGUAAUGAUUCCCCUGGGGGGGAUGGUGAAAGAAGCGACGGCGUUGACGCAAUGAACCCAGAUAUGGCUUCUCUCAUGGCAACUACCGACUCUGUGACUGCUGUGGUCGCUGCAAAAGAGGAAGUGAAGCAAGCAGUGGCAGAUGAUCUGAAGUCCACUCACUCAUCACCUUGCGAGUGGUUCAUAUGCGACGAAGAUCAGGGCACUACGAGGCUCUUCGUGAUUCAGGGUUCUGAGUCGCUGGCAUCGUGGCAAGCAAAUCUACUGUUUGAGCCUAUCCAGUUUGAGGGCCUUGAUGUGCUUGUGCACAGAGGUAUAUACGAGGCCGCCAAAGGGAUCUAUGAGCAGAUGUUGCCUGAAGUUCGUGACCACCUAAAAUCCCGUGGGGAGAGGGCUACUUUCCGUUUCACUGGGCAUUCUCUUGGAGGAAGUUUGUCAUUAGUCAUAAAUUUAAUGCUGCUGAUUCGGGGCGAAGUGCCCGCUUCUUCCUUGCUUCCUGUGAUCACAUUCGGUGCCCCGUCCAUCACGUGUGGAGGCGACCAUCUUCUUCGAAAGCUUGGAUUACCUCGAAGUCAUGUUCAGGCAGUCAUGAUGCACAGAGACAUUGUACCCCGAGCCUUCUCUUGCAAUUAUCCUAAUCACGUUGCAGAGAUUCUCAAGGCUGUUAAUGGGUCGUUCAGGCAUCAUCCUUGUCUGAAUAAUGAGAAACUGUUGUAUGCGCCAAUGGGGGAGCUUUUGAUUUUACAGCCAGACGAAAAGUUCUCGCCACACCACCAUCUCCUCCCUUCAGGUAGUGGUCUCUACAUUUUGAGCUGCGAGUUAUCGGAUGUCGUCAUAGCAGAGAAGCAACUCCGAGCGGCGCAGAAGGUUUUCUUGAACACGCCACAUCCACUCGAGAUUUUAAGUGAUCGCGCUGCUUAUGGUUCAGGGGGUACUAUCCAAAGGGACCACGACAUGAAUUCCUAUUUGAAGUCCGUGAGGUCUGUGAUCCGCCAAGAGCUGAGCCACUUGAGGAAGGCCGAGAGAGAGCAGCGCCGCAAGUUCUGGUGGCCCCUCGUCCUGUCUCGCGGCAGAGUCGAUGUCGACCUAGCUUUGAGCAGGUCAAUCGGGUCGAUCAGUGUGGAUCACGAGCAGCUCAACUUCUCGGGCAUCUUGCAAACGGGCAAGGAGUCUCUGAAACGGUUCAGCAGGCUUGUCGCGUCGCAGCACAUGCAUUUGCUCAUCGUGAUCCUGUUCCCUGCUCGAUUGCUACUGCUCGGCAUCUACGGCACGAGGAUUAAUUGAUCCUUGGCAACCAUGAGAUGGCAAGAUUAUUAGCAAAUUAUUUAUUCAAUGUUUUUCUCUUUCCACUCAAAAGGCAAUCUAUGUCCUCCCCUUUCAUGCUGGGGAAGAAAAUUACACAAAAAGGUUAUCUGUAGGAAGAAACAUUUGCUCAUGAGCAGGAAAAUUAAAAGAAAAAGGGAAAUAUGAAUUACAGGAGUGCAUUUUUCGGUGCAAAA